AUGACAGAGAUAGAUUCAGAUGGUGUUGAACAAGAACGUAAGAAGAAGGAUCGAUCCAAGAAACGAGCAAGAAGCCCGAGCAGCAAUGUGCCUCAAUCACUACCUACAUCUGAACCGGCUGGAACGGCUGACGAGGGAUUGGUUUCGACGACAACCCCAGCGGAUUCCGAGUCGACCGACCGUCCAAUGUGCAAGAAGAAGGCAAAAGCCCUUCACCGAUCCAAAGUAGACGGAUCCGAAGACUGGAAAGACAAAGUCGCCAUUGCUCAGAAAGAAAUAGCGGCUCAAGCGAAAAGACAGAACGAAUAUUGCGGGAGACCGAGGCCCAAUCAAUGA